UUGUGAUUGGUGCUGUGCUUCUGUCUCCUCCGCUGUAAGUUUGAUUUAGAUGAUACAUUUUGGGUUCCAACUUAAAUUAUUUUCCAAGAAUUAAAAGCCAAAAACACAGAGUACAAGAGGAUCCAUUGGUCCAUCGGGUCCCCAUUCUAUCCAUCUUUUCUGGUUGGGGAUAUGCUUCUGUGUCUUCGUCACUCCCAUCUCACACCGCCCUCCUCCUUCCAACACAACCACUCCGAUGGCAAGUGCUUCGGUUCCUCAUCCAGGACCCUGUUCCUCCCUCCCUCCUUGGUGUCCAUCCCCUUCUCCCUCAGAGGGUCCCAUCUGAGGCCCUCCCACGGUUGGAAGAUUGCGAGAGUGACCUCCUCCUUGAUCGAAGCUCCUGUGCUCUGGGCUGGUAGGCUUUGCAUCUUCUAUGCCCUCCUUAAGACCGGUCUUGCUGGGUCCGAUUCCAACCCGUUUGUUCCUUCAGGGUUGAGAGGUGAUGGUGAGGAUUUGGGGUUUUCUAAGUGGAUUGAGAUGCUCCAGGGUAGAUCAGAUGAUAAGAAGGCAACUGACCGAAGGAAGUUGGUUAGUAAGUGGCACCCAACAACUAAGGGCACACUGAAGAGAAGUUAUAGGGUACCUUCAAAGGCUGAAGGCCGUCGACUUCUUAAAUCCAUUGCAUCCUUACUUUCUGACGAUGACCAUUUUGUGGAUGCUACAUCACAUAAGGGUUGUCAGAUACGAAGGGAGAGUGCCCACGGAGAAAGCGUAUGUUGCAAUAAUGUAAGAGCUCUAUUCGAUGAGCUUCCCACGCCACACCUUGUUGUUGAGAUCACUGCUUUUCCUGCUGGGCCACUUACAGACAAGGAUUAUAUAAAGGCUGAGAAGCUUGAGAGAGUCCUGAGGUCAGGUUCUUCCAUUUGAAGGUUUACAUGUAUCACUGACCUGUGCAAAACAUGAACAGAAUGAACUUCUAAUCUUUAGGCUGUAAUCAAGCCUGCUUACAUGCAUUUAAAGUUUGUAUGACAAUUUUAAAUGUAUGAGAUCCUUGUGAACUGUCUUGGUUAUUAUUUUUUAUAAUAUUUUAUUCUGAGAUGUUCAAAA